UGAAGCCAUCAGGACGGCCAUUAUCACAUAGUGCCAUGUCCCCCGGGGUGAUUCACCUUGUGGGCAGAGGCAUUCAUAAGCCUUGGCCAUGCUGGGCCCAGCAACAAGGGUGGGUCUGAGAGCUCACACCCACCGCGCAAGCGAUGGCUGGGCGGGCAGACAUGAGCGACAGACGCAUCGUCCGAAAAUUCAGAAGGAGAAAGCUCCAGCGCUUCUCCCACAUCUCUAGCAUUGAGGAACCGCUUGGAGUGAGCAUGCUAUAUUUUGGCUGCAGGGCAGGGCAGACACCUGUGUGGGGAUUUUUCCAAGAGUGGGAGGAGGAGGAAAUGGUUCAGCGGAGCGAGGAGCUUUUCCCUUUCAGUUGACUGAAUUGGGGAUGCUACUUCUUCCAUUGCUUGAUUGCAUGUGCAAAUUAAUUUAAAAUAAACUGUCUAGCCAAAUCGGUAACCAAGCUACACAAUAUUUUCUUCAAACUUGGAGAAAUCCGCACAAGCUGACUACUUUGACAAGUCAGCGCUGUGACUCACCACGUUCUGAAAAAUCUUUGAAAAGUGGGUUGGAAAGGAUUUGUCACACAAAAAACCCAAAAAAAACCUUCAACCCAGAAGAGUAUUGUGGCAAUUAAUUAUGGCAUAAGCUUUCAUGGGCUACUACAGAGUGCAAGUCACACUCUGGUCAUGCCUGUGUCCCCAAGUCCAGGUCCAACGCAGCAAAGCAACUGAACAAAAACUUUGUGUUGCCUUUGCUAUGUGAAAGAAGUGUCACAUAAGCUGUUUCUAAUGGGACAAAAUAGCUUUUCAGCAUCAAAUGUGUAAUUAUCUUCAAGGGAGGGAGAAAAAUCCCAGCUAGAGGUUUAUUUCUAACACAGGGUCCUGAUGCCCCCUGGUGUGCAACCAGGGAAAUGCACUUGCAAGGCUGCCCGCUAUCUCUCGAGGCACUGCUGCUAACGUUCUUAUUCCAUCCGCAAGGCAGAUAUAAAUUAUUAUGAAACUGGUUUCACCUUGGUUGAAUGAAUCACGGUUUCCCUUAAAGUGCCCUGGGCAAUCUCGGUUUUGGGCUGGUGCUGAGAAUGAUUUGGCAGAGAUUGUGAGUCAGCCCGCUCUUGGAACGCAAGACAUGAUAUGACAGAGGAAGCCCCUGGACCGGACAGAAGCUUGUCACUCUUUUCUGUGGGUGUGACAGCCAGAAAUUCAACUGGGGGAGACAUUUUUCUGGCACUAUGUCCAUGUAGUGAUGGGGAAGCUACACCUUGUGAAAUUCUGCUGUGCAGUUUUUAAAGGCAAGGGAUUCUAGGGAUAGCAAAACUUGAGGCCCAGCACUUUUCUGCUUUGAAACUAAGCCCUGAAAGAGAAAAAAGAGUUUUCUCCUGGCUGCUCACACCAUUGCCCUCCUCUCCAUCCUUCUUCCCCUCCCCUCAGCAGCCCAAGAAGAAGCGGCGCAGCUCAUCCACUGAGACCACAGAAGACAAGAAGGGCAGAGGAGAUUCCAUCUCUAUCCAGGUCUUCCCUCCAGAACUGGUGAGUGAGGCUGCCUGGCUGUGGUUUAGGAGGUGGGGACAGCAAGAUCAUAAAAAGAGCCUGCUGGAUCAGGCCAAUGGCCCACCUGGUCCAGCAUCCUGUUCUCACAGUGGCCGACCAGAUGGCCUUUAUGAGAAACCCGCUAGCCAGACCUAAGCACAAGAGCAACUCUUCCCCUCCUGCGACCCUCCCUGCCCGCAGACUGCCUCGCCAGAGUGGUGCAUGCUCUGGUUAUCUCCCGCUUGGACUACUACAAUGCACUCUAUGUGCGGCUUUGAAGGUGAGCCAGAAACUGCAAUUCAUCCAGAAUGCGGCAGCGAGACUGGUGACUGGGAGCGGCUGCCGAGACCACAUAACACCGGUCCUGAAAGACCUACAUUGGCUCCCAGUCCAUUUCCAAGCACAAUUCAAAGUGUUGGUGCUGAACUUGAAAGCCCUAAACAGCCUCUGUCCAGUAUAUCUGAAGGAGCGUCUCCACCCCCAUCAUUCAGUCCUGACACUGAGGUCCAGCGCCGAGGGCCUUCUGGCGGUUCCCUCCCUGCGAGAAGCCAAGUUACAGGGAACCAGGCAGAGGGCCUUCUCAGUGGUGGCACCCGCCCUGUGGAAGGCCCUCCCACCAGAUGUCAAAGAGAACAACAACUACCAGACUUUUAAAGGCAACCCUGUUUAGGGAAGCUUUUAAUGUUUGAUGGACUACUGUAUUUUAAUAUUUUGUUGGAAGCCGCCCAGAGUGGCUGGGGAAACCCAGCCAGGUGGGCGGGGUAUAAAUAAUAAACUAUUAUUAUUACAAGUUAUUAUUUCCAGCAACUGGAAUUUGGAAGCAUCGCUGUCUCCGACUGUGGAGACAGGGCAGAGCGAAGAGCACACUAGUUCAGCGAAGUGUUUGUGUGUGUGAGACGCUCCCUGCGCUCACCUUGACUUGAGUCCCUCCUUCUCUCCAGCUGUACUACAUUAUCUCCUUCCUGCCUGUCAAGGAUGUGGUGGCUCUGGGCCAGACCUGCCGGUACUUCUAUGAGGUGUGCGACAGUGAGGGGGUCUGGCAGAGGAUCUGCCGCCGCCUUUCUCCUCGCCUGCGGGACGAGAACUCUGGUGGCAGCCGGCCGUGGAAGAGAUCGGCCAUACUCAACUGUCAGUAUACCUCAGUGGUGAAGCAGAGGGGGCGGGAGGAAGGGUGUGUGUUUUUUUUGCUGUGUGAGAAAAAGCUCUACAUCUGCCUGGGCUGGGGGCAGCUGAAGAGGGUUGGCCGAUCCCGCAAAAGGGGGUCCCACCCUGCCCCCAUUCCCCAGGGAAGGGAGCGGUGUAGCAGCUCCUUCAGACAGACCCACUCCCUCUGCCCCUGGGGGGGUCUCUCUGUCCCGCAGACACCAAGGGCUUGUACUUCCAGAUGUUCAGCGGCCGCCGGCACUUUGUCAGCAAGACGGUUGCCCCGCUGCUCUCGCACGGCUACCGGAAGUUCUUGCCCACCAAGGACCACGUCUUCAUCCUGGACUACAACGGCACCCUCUUCUUCCUCAAGAACGCCCUGGUCUCCUCCACCAUGGGCCACAUCCAGUGGCGCCGUGCCUGCCGCUACAUGGUGCUCUGCCGCAGUGCCAAGGACGUAGGUGCCCGGGAGAGGAGAGAAACCCUGCGGUGUGGGGGCGAGUGGGCUGCCUGUCCCCACUGCUUCCCAGAGGCGGAAGCAGGGCAGGACAGGCCAGCGCCAUGGCCUCGCAGUGGAGCUGUGGGCAGAAUGCAGUCCCGGUUGAGAGGGAGGGAGAGAAAGGAGAUGGGCAGCCUAGGUCAGCUUCAUUUAUUGUUGCCUGGAUGCCUGCCUUAAACAGCUGCUUGAAGAAGUGCGGCUGAUCCUCUGGCCCCUUGGCCCCUACCCAUCUUAGAGGGAGCUGCAGCAGGUGGGGUUCAGAGAAUUAAUGCUACACUGGAGGAAGAGAAAGGUGCAUCUGCCUUGAAGAAGGCAGUGGUGGGCCAAUAAAAUUAAAUCAUGAAAAGGUGGAGGUGUUAUGUUUUCAAGUCCAGGAGGUCCAUAGCGUGGGGUGCUCCUGGACCCAAGUCUGUCACUGAAGGCUCAGGUGGCUAGGAGAGUCAGUGUGGUGUAGUGGUUAGGAGCAGCAGACUCGUAACCUGGUGAACAAGGUUCACUUCCCCGCUCCUCCACAUGCAGCUGCUGGGUGACCUUGGGCUAGUCACACUUCUCUGAAGUCUCUCAGCCCCACUCACCUCACAGGGUGUUUGUUGUGGGGGAGGAAGGGAAAGGAGAAUGUUAGCCGCUUUGAGACUCCUUCGGGUAGUGAUAAAGCGGGACAUCAAAUCCAAACUCUUCUUCUUCUUCUUUGAUGUGAGUUCCACACUCUGGACACUUCCAGACCCUUUAGGACCUUCCUUUAGGGAAAGGCGUCAGACAGUCCUGUGGCACCCUAGUUUCUUUCCCCAGAAGCUGGUUGCCCCAAGGCUCUUUGUGAGAGGGGAGGGUCUUCUCUGCCACCCCUGAGUGCACAGCCUGGACGUCUUCCCCCUCUAGAUCCCUGAUCAGUUCCUGCAGCAUCCUGGGAUCUCUGGCUUCCUGACCCUGAGUGCCUCCUCCCUCCUCCUCUUUCUGCCUGCAGUUUGCCACAGACCCCCGGAGCGACACUGUGUACCGCAAGUACCUGUACGUGCUGGCCACCCGCGAACAGCCUGUUACGGCAGCCGUGGGGCGCAGCGAAGGCUCCAGCCCAGCCGGCAGCGGGCGCCUCUGCGACUGCGUGGAGGUCUACCUGCAAUCCAGCGGGCAGCGGGUGUUCAAGAUGACCUUCCACUUCUCCAUGAAGUUCAAGCAGAUUGUGCUGGUGGGGCAGGAGACGGAGAGGUCCCUCUUGCUCCUGACAGGUGAGCCUCUGCGGGGAGAGAGAGAGAGAGAGAGUAUAAACACAGCAAAAUAGAAUAAUAGAUGCCAAAUAAAACAAUACAGAAGUAGAGUAAAAGGGGAUAUCUGGAGCCAAAUGUAUAGCGACAGAAAUCCAUACCAAAAAUCAAACGUAAUAAAUUAAUAUCGCAAAGUUCCAAGUAACACAAAUGGGUUUACAUUCUCUGGUACCUUAUUACUCCAGUACAUUAGAUUCCGUUUCUCAAUGAAUAUAUCAUAUUGUUGUCUGCCCUCUCUGGUUCUUACCAUGUACAGUCGUACAGUGGUGCCCCGCAAGACGAAUGCCUCGCAAGACGAAAAACUCGCUAGAUGAAAGGGUUUUGCGUUUUUUGAGUCGUUCUGCAAGACGAAUUUCCCUAUGGGCUUGCUUUGCAAGACAAAACGUCUUGCGAGUUCUUGCGAGUUUGUUUCCUUUUUCUUAAAGCCGCUAAUAGCCGCUAAGCCGCUAAUAGCCCUGCUUCGCAAGACGAAAAAACCGCAAGACGAAGAGACUCGUGGAACGGAUUAAUUUCGUCUUGUGAGGCACCACUGUACCUUGCUUUUCGAACACCUUGCAACUCAAACGUUUUGGCUCCCGAACGCCACAAACUUGGAAAUGAGUGUUCCAGUUUGCGAAUGUUUUUUGGAAGCCAAACAUCUUCUGCAGCCAACUGGAAGCUGCGCCUUGGUUUUCAAACAUUUUUGGAAGUCGAACGGACUUCCGGAAUGGAUUCCGUUCUAGAACCAAGGUACGACUGUAUCUAAGCUUAACUAUACAUAGCACAUCCCAGAUUUUAGGUACCCAUUCUCUCAUGGACUGUAUUCUCAUUUUAAUUCCAGCUUUGAGAAAUAAUAAUUCUGACAGCAGUUAACUGCUAACAGUGGCUGCAGUUUAACAAAUGCUUCACACGCUGAGCCUCAUUCUCACAGAGAGAUUUGCUAAAGCAGCACUUCCCAAACUAUUUAGUUUAAUUCAGCAAAACAAAUGAACUUGAUCCGGUGAUGGUACCAUUCUAUUCUGCUUUGGUCAUAAUAGACCACACCUGGAAUAUUGUGUUCAGUUUAAGAAGGAUGCUGACAAGCUGGAAGGUGUGCAGAGGAGGGCGACCAAGAUGAUCAGGGGUCUGGAAACCCAGCCUGAUGAGGAACGGACGAGGGAGUUGGGGAUGUUUAGCUUGGGGAAGAGGGGACUGAGAGGAGACAUGAUAGUCCUAGGCCGUAUAGGGCUUUGCACGUGUGGAGGCAAGCGAAUUCCACAGUCACUUUUUGUGGGGUGUUUUGUUUCCCCCCACAGAGGAAGGGAAGAUCUACAGCUUGGUGGUGAACGAGACCCAGCUGGACCAGCCGCGCUCCUACACUGUGCAGCUGGCUCUGCGCAAAGUCUCCAAGUGCCUCCCUCACAUCUCUGUCCGCAACAUGCACUCCAACCAGAGCAGCGCCGUCUACCUCACAGGUCAGCAGAAGGUGCCCUCCAGCCAGGCCAGUCUCUGCCCAGAGGCCGCCACAACCAAUAGGGUCCAGAAACCAAGCCUUCUUCUUCUUAUUAUUUAUUACUUAUGGCGAACGGUUGAGGGACCUGGGCAUGUUUCACCUGGAGAGGACAAGAACCGAGAGGGGACAGGAGAGCUACCUUCAGGUAUCUGGCGUGUUGUCACACAGAAGACGGAGCAAGCUUGCUUUCUGCUGCUCCGGAGCGAAGGACCUGGGCCUAUAGAUCCCAACAUGACAAGAAAGGAAAUUCCAACUAUUGAAGCUAUUUGACAGUGGGGCAGAUUGCCUUGGAGCCGGGUGGACUCUCCUUCCCUGGAGGCUUUUAAGCAGAGGUUGGGUGGCUUCCUGUCAGGGAUUCUUGAGCUGCAAUUCCCGCAUUGCUGGGGGGUUGGACUAGGUGACCCUACAGUGGGCUGUGCAUGCUCCCAAACCUUGUGCCACUGCUGUCACUAUUGGCCAUUCCUCUGUCUUCAUGAAGAGGCCAGGGAUCACACAUGGCAAUGUGGUCUCCCCCCGAGAGGGCGUACAGGUGAUAUCAGGAAGCCCAAGCUGAGCUGAGAGAAGGCUGAGAAGUGGGGUUUUUUGGGGGGUGUUAGGUGGAAUCAGGGAUUUGGGUGGCGCUGUGGGUUAAACCACAGAGCCUAGGACUUGCUGAUCAGAAGGUCGGCGGUUCGAAUCCCUGCGACGGGGUGAGCUCCUGUUGCUCGGUCCCUGCUCCUGCCAACCUACCAGUUCAAAAGCACAUCAAAGUGCAAGUAGAUAAAUAGGUACCGCUCUGGCGGGAAGGUAAACGGCGUUUCGUGUGCUGCUCUAGUUCGCCAGAAGCGGCUUAGUCCUGCUGGCCACAUGACCCAGAAGCUGUACGCCGGCUCCCUCGGCCAAUAAAGCGAGAUGAGUUCUGCAACCCCAGAGUCGGCCACGACUGGACCUAAUGGUCAGGGGUCUCUUUACCUUUACCUUAGGUGGAACCACCUGAGCUGCAAGCGGAAGGAACCGGGGGUGGGGAGGCUUUGGUUGGAGAAGGAGGGAGGCCUUACAGUUAUUCGUUCCAGUAGCCCCUAUUUCAGCACUGAGAAGGGGAAGCUGCAUCAGAGGCAGCUUAGAAGGGCCACAGAUGAGAGUGGGAGAAGGCGGCAGUGGGGUGGUGAGGUGAUAAGAACCAAGUCUGCCUGAGCAAAUGGGGCUUAAGAAGAGAGUAGCAGGAGGGCACCGUCCUGAAAGCCAGGAGCAGGAGCUUGAACCCAGUGCAAAAUGCCACGGGCAGCCACUGCAGUGGGGAGCCCUCCACCCGCACAACCCCAACCUCCUUGCCUGGGAUGGUUGGAUUCUGCUCUGGGGGAGCCCUUCUGCCUCUGCGCAGGGCCAGGGUUUGGCCAGCAACGAUCUUGCGUCUCCUCCACAGACGAGGGCACCGUCUACUUUGAGGUCCACUCGCCCGGUGUUUACCGCGACCUCUUUGGCACCCUCCAUGCGUUCGACCCGCUGGAUCAGCAGAUGCCCCUGGCCCUCUCCCUCCCGGCUAAGGUAACCCAGAGGUGGGGCUCUGUCCUGUUCCCCGCCCUCCCCUCUCCCACCAGGGGAGGACUUCUUCUUCUUAGUGACUUAACAGCCAUCCGAACAGACAGACAGAAAAAAAGCCCACCUAGAUUCAGUUGCACACCACCCUAAUCUCUGAGCGGUGCGAGAUUCCAGGGGUUCCCGGUGCUUACCCAGGGUCUGUGUUUCCUUUUGGAAACGAGGCACAGCGGAGACUGCGGUGUCUUUAGGAUAUACGGUUUAUUUAGAAAUAUAUACAUGAGCCUAUGAUGGAGGGGUUCACAGCAAGAAGGUCUUGUAGCCAUUGACAUUGGAUUCAAGCAGGCAUCAGACCUUGAUCUCAAAAGCUGCUCUGACUCGCCUGCUUGCUGCUUUGUCUCUCUGCCACACGACUCUUGCCCCUUCUCUACGCUUCCCACAUUGCUUCUCACCUCUCUCCACUAAGCUCUGGUUUCAUCUGCUGAGGGACAGGGGCCCCACCCAUCUGCCAUCUCAAACGGACUCCUUUCAAUCCUUUUGUUCUCUUAAUGGCCCAUCGCCCAGGCAGUCCCUCAACACAGGAGGAGAGCCUGGCUUCAUUAGCUGUUAGCACACGCUGGAUCAAGUAAUUAGAAGUGUCUGGCAUGCGGCUUAACACCCCAAGUCUUAAAGGAGUCUGACACUUGCUGGGUCCAGAGAUGAAAGUGGUCUGACACCAACAAACAAAUCUUCACCUGGUGCCAAAACCUUGCUGGAAACCACAGAAGGAGAAAGUGGUCCUGAUUGCGAGUUUCCCAUUGAAGCACCUGGUUGGCUACUGUGAGAACAGGAGUCUGGGUUAGGCAGGCCAGUGGUCUGAUGCAGCAAGCCCUUCUUAGGCUCUUAGGGAGAGGGAACUGCACUCUGCAUGUGCUCAGGAGCCCCGAUUGAUGAAUACCGUGUGUUUCAAGGAGCACUGGUGACAAGAUUCAGGCUGAAUAUGAUGGGAGUCCUACUUGAGAUUAAUCCCCGUGUCCUUGCUCAGGCCUUAGGUGUGGGUCAGACUCUCUCCCUUCCCCUCUCCCACUUUGUGGCAGGUCCUCAGCUGUGCCCUUGGCUACAACCACCUGGGGCUAGUGGACGAGUUUGGGCGGAUCUUCAUGCAAGGAAAUAACCGCUAUGGCCAGCUAGGCACAGGCGACAAGAUAGACCGCGGGGAGCCUGCCCAGGUGAGAGGAGAGCGAGCAGACCAUCCUUGGUUGGGGUGGGAACCCUCAGAGCUCCAGGAAGCUUCUGAGCCCUUGCAGUGUCCUAGUGGCCAUUACUAAUUUGGGUCACCUGGCAUUUUGGUCUGGGCCGAACCAUCUUUAUGGGCCGUGUCAAGCUCAAAUCAGGCAUUGUGACACAGAGUAGGAAGGUUGUCCCUUUUCAGCCUUGAGUCCCCUUCAUGGGAGGUUUCUGGCGACCACCUGCCGGGGAUUGUCUAGCUGGGAUUCCUGCAUUGCAAGGAGUCAGGCUGGAUAGCACUCGGGGGUCUCUACAAUUCCGUGGUUCUAGGCCCAUUUCACCUGAGCCUCUGCCAGCAACAGGAAACCUCCCUCCAGCAAUCGUGAUGGCUGCGAAUCCUCAGCCACGCUCUGAUGCUGCUGUGCUCCCUGUUGCAGGUGCAUUACCUCAAGUGCCCCAUCGACCUCUGCUGCGGCCUCAACCACACGCUGGUGCUGAGCCAGAGCGGGGACUUCAGCAAGGACCUGAUGGGCUGCGGCUGCGGAGCUGGAGGGCGCCUGCCCGGGUGGCCCAAAGGCAGCGCCUCUUUCGUCCGGCUGCACACCAAGGUGAGGGGGAGAGAGGUGGGAUGAGGCCAAAAUGGGGGAAAUCAGGACCUGGGAGGUGGGCUGGGUGGGCUGCGUAGCCCGAGGGUGUCGGCAGUGAAGUCUAGUCAUUCCAGGCCUUCUCUCCUGCCCGCUUCCUGUGUUAUCCUCUGAUCUUUUCUCUGUGUGUGGGUAUUUUAGUGUGGCAGCACCUACACUCUGGAACUCCCUGCCUCUUGACAUCACUGUGCCGAAAACAUUUUUGUUUAGACAAGCCCACCCAGGCAUGUAGAAUGCCAGUUUAUUUGCAGGAUCCACAAAACUGCUUCAAAACCCUGAGUGUGGUUUUAUCCCCUAAUCCUCAGCGUCAGGGCUGGAGGGAGGGAGGGUCCCGACAUACUCAUGGCAUCCUCCUGAGUGCAGAGGGUUGUGUGCUGCCUCCUGGACACUGUCCCCACCCCCUAGGUGGCUUUAAAAGACAAAUCCAUGGUGGAGGAGGAGAAGCCCUAUGCGGCCUAGGACCCUCGUACCUACGGGACCGCCUCUCCUGGUCUGCCCCGCGGAGGACCUUAAGGUCCACAAAUGACAACACCUUGGAGGUCUCAAGUCGCAAGGUGGUUAGAUUGGUCUCAACUAGGGCCAGGGCCUUUUCAGCACUGGCCCCGACUUGGUGGAAUGCUCUGUCACAAGGGACUAGGGCCCUGCGGGACUUGACAUCUUUCUGCAGGGCCUGCAAGACAGAGCUGUUCCACCUGGCCUUUGGUUUGGACUCGGUCUGACCCUUAUGUUUCCCUCCCCUUACGGUCUUGAUCUAUGGGCUACUUUUAAAAUAAGGCUGCAUUUUAAACUGCAUUUUAACCUGUAUUUUAAAUUGGGUUUUUUUCUUUUCUUCCCGCCCCCUCUUUCCCCCCUAUUAUGUUUUUACUGUGAUUUUAUUGGUGUUAGCUGCCCUGAGCCUGGCUCUGGCCGGGGAGGGCGGGGUAUAAAUAAAAUUUAUUAUUAUUAUUAAGGCUCCUAGCAAGAAGGGCUAUUUGUUCUGCCUCCACAGUCAGAGGCAGCCAUGCUUUUGAAUCCCAGUUGCUGGAAACCCUGGGAGGGGAGAAGGCUCUUGGGUUCGGAUCCUGCUUGCUCGUUUCCCACACGCUUCUGGUUGGCCGCAGUGAGAACAGGACGCGGGCCUAGAUGGGCCAUUGGCCUGAUCCGACAGGGCUCUCCUUACAUCCGUCUCCCCUUUGCAGGUGCCGCCCUGUGCCCGCCGCAUCUGCUCCACCCGCGAGUGCCUCUACAUGCUGUCCAGCCACGACAUUGAGGAAGUCCCCGCCUACCGCGAGCUGCCGGCCAGCAAGGCAGGGGUGGCGCCGAGCGACACGGAGGCCAUGGCCGCCCGGGCCUGCGAGGAGUACCUGAGCCAGCUGCACAAGUGCCCGACGCUGGAGGGGCGCAUGGCCAAGAUGAAGGAAGCCGUCGGCAGCAUGCCGCUCAUGACCUUCCAGAAGGACUUCUUCUGGGAGGCUCUGGACAUGAUCCAGCGGGCGGCCGAAAUCCAGGAAGCCCCUGCGCCCAGCUAGCUGUCGCCGGCCGCGGCUCCCUCUCACCCCGCCCCUCCUGUCACCCCACCCCACCCGUUAGACGCAUCAUGGAUCAUGAUUAACCGAUAGAGAAGACUUCAGACUGAACAAUUGGGCGUAAAUAAAGCACAAGACCU